GGCAGCGAGGCCGGGCCGGGCCGAGCGGAGCUGAGGAGAGGAGUCGCAUCCAAGAUGGCGCCGUGCGGACGUGUCCCGGCCCGGAGACGCGGGCCGGGCCCUCUCCUCGCCGCCCCUUUCCUCUGGCUGCUCGUGGCUCUCGGGGCAGCCCGGGCACAGCAGCAAGGCGGGGCAGCAGCGGUCGGGGCCGCCCAGGGGUUCCCGGGGCAGCAGCAGCAGCCGGCGGUCGUAGCGGGAUUGGUGGGCCAGCCUCGGGAGCUGGGAGCACUCCCGGGAGGCGGCGGAGGCGGAGCUGGGGGCGGCCGUCUGCCCCGCGGGGGCUCCUCGGCGGGAGGCGGCUGGAAGCUGGCGGACGAGCCGGUGUGCCGCGAAGACGUGACCCGUGUCUGCCCCAAGCACAGCUGGGCCAACAACCUGGCCGUCCUCGAGUGCCUGCAGGACGUGCGGGAGCCGGACAAUGAAAUCUCAUCAGACUGCAACCACCUGUUGUGGAACUACAAGUUGAACCUGACUACAGAUCCAAAAUUUGAAUCAGUGGCUAGAGAGGUUUGCAAGUCUACCAUAUCAGAGAUCAAAGAGUGUGCUGAUGAGCCUGUUGGGAAAGGUUACUUGGUGUCCUGCUUGGUAGAUCACAGAGGAAACAUCACUGAAUACCAGUGUCACCAGUACAUCACCAAAAUGACAGCCAUAAUUUUCAGUGAUUACCGCCUGAUCUGUGGCUUCAUGGAUGACUGCAGAAGUGAUAUUAACAUCCUGAAGUGUGGCAGCAUUCGUCUUGGAGAAAAGGAUGUCCAUUCUCAAGGAGAGGUGGUGGCCUGCCUGGAGAAAGGGCUGGUAAAGGAGGCAGAAGAGAUUGAGCCACGAAUAAAGGUCUCAGACUUGUGCAAAAAGGCUAUUCUCCGUGUAGCUGAGCUCUCCUCUGAUGAUUUCCACUUGGAUCGGCACUUAUAUUUUGCCUGCCGGGAUGACCGGGAACGCUUCUGUGAGAACACUCAGGCUGGGGAAGGCAGGGUGUACAAGUGUCUCUUUAACCACAAGUUUGAAGACUCUAUGAGUGAAAAGUGUCGUGAUGCAUUGACAACCAGGCAAAAGCUGAUUGCACAAGAUUACAAAGUCAGUUACUCAUUGGCAAAGUCCUGCAAAAGUGAUUUAAAGAAGUACCACUGUAAUGUAGAGAACCUUCCUCGUUCCCGAGAGGCCCGACUAUCCUACCUGCUAAUGUGUUUAGAAUCUGCUGUGCAUAGAGGUCGGCAAGUGAGCAGUGAAUGCCAGGGAGAAAUGUUGGAUUACCGGCGCAUGUUGAUGGAAGAUUUUUCACUGAGCCCAGAGAUCAUCCUUGGCUGCCGCAGUGAGAUUGAGCACCACUGCUCAGGACUGCAUCGGAAGGGCCGCACCCUGCAUUGCCUGAUGAAAGUUGUGCGAGGAGAGAAGGGGAACCUGGGAGUCAGCUGCCAGCAGUCGCUUCAAACUCUAAUCCAGGAGGCAGACCCUGGUGCUGAUUACCGCAUUGACAGAGCAUUGAACGAAGCCUGCGAAUCAGUGAUACAAACAGCCUGCAAGCACAUCCGUGCUGGAGACCCCAUGAUUCUCUCUUGCCUUAUGGAGCAUUUGUAUACAGAGAAGAUGGUCGAAGAUUGUGAGCACAGACUCCUGGAGCUCCAGUACUUCAUCUCACGGGACUGGAAACUGGAUCUUGUGCUCUACCGCAAGUGCCAGGGAGAUGCAUCCCGACUUUGCCAUACACGCGGCUGGAAUGAGACGAGUGAGAUGAUUCCUCCUGGGGCCAUCUUCUCCUGCCUGUACAGACAUGCCUAUCGUACAGAGGAACAGGGGAGGAGGCUAUCCCGGGAAUGCAGGGCAGAAGUACAACGAAUUCUACACCAGCGUGCCUUGGAUGUAAAACUGGAUCCAGCUCUCCAGGACAAGUGCAUGAUAGAUCUGGGGAAGUGGUGCAGUGAGAAAACAGAGACUGGACAGGAACUUGAAUGUCUCCAGGACCAUCUGGAUGACUUGGCGGCUGAAUGCAGAGACAUUGUUGGAAACCUUACAGAGCUGGAGUCCGAAGAUAUUCAGAUAGAAGCCUUGAUGAUGCGAGCAUGUGAGCCAAUUAUCCAGACCUUCUGCCAUGAAGUGGCAGACAACCAGAUUGACUCAGGAGACCUCAUGGAGUGCCUCAUUCAGAACAAACACCAGAAGGAGAUGAAUGAAAAGUGUGCAAUUGGAGUCACGCACUUCCAGCUGGUUCAGAUGAAAGAUUUCAGAUUCUCCUACAAAUUCAAAAUGGCCUGCAAAGAGGAUGUCCUGAAGCUGUGCCCCAACAUCAAGAAAAAGGUGGAUGUGGUGAUCUGUCUGAGCACAAUUGUACGCAACGACACACUGAGAGAUGCAAAGGAGCACCAGGUCUCUAUGAAGUGCCGCAAGCAGCUACGUGUUGAGGAGCUGGAAAUGACUGAGGAUAUCCGCCUGGAACCAGACCUUCAUGAGGCCUGCAAAUCGGACAUCAAGGACUACUGCCAGAACGUCCCCUAUGGCAAUGCUCAGAUUAUUGAGUGUCUUAAGGAAAACAAAAAGCAACUGAGCACUCGCUGCCAUCAGAAAGUCUUCAAACUCCAGGAGACUGAGAUGAUGGAUCCAGAACUGGAUUAUACUCUCAUGCGUGUUUGCAAACAAAUGAUCAAGAGAUUCUGCCCAGAAGCAGAUGCAAAGAACAUGCUGCAGUGUUUGAAACAGAACAAGAACAGUGAAAUGAUGGAUCCCAAAUGCAAACAAAUGAUUACCAAGCGCCAGAUUACACAGAACACAGAUUACCGCCUGAAUCCAGUGCUCAGGAAGGCCUGCAAAGCUGACAUCCCCAAAUUCUGCCAGAGCAUUCUGACCAAGGCCAAGGAUGAUUCCGAGCUUGAAGGGCAGGUCAUCUCCUGCUUGAAGCUGAAAUACGCAGACCAGCGUCUCUCUCCCGACUGUGAAGAUCAGAUUCGAGUGAUUAUCGAGGAAUCCGCUCUUGAUUACCGGUUAGAUCCUCAGUUGCAGAUGCACUGCUCAGAAGAGAUUUCUAGCUUGUGUGCCGAGGAAGCAGCAGCCCAGGAGCAGACAGGACAAGUGGAAGAAUGCCUGAAAGUGAAUCUGCUAAAGAUCAAAGCAGACAUGUGCAAAAAGGAGGUGCUCAACAUGUUGAAGGAGAGUAAAGCUGAUAUCUUUGUGGACCCCGUCCUUCAUACGGCCUGUGCCCUUGACAUCAAGCACCACUGUGCUGCCAUCCCACCAGGAAGAGGGCGACAGAUGUCCUGUCUGAUGGAGGCCCUGGAGGACAAGCGUGUGAGGUUGCAGCCUGAGUGUAAGAAGCGCCUUAAUGACCGGAUUGAAAUGUGGAGCUAUGCUGCCAAGGUUGCCCCAGCGGAAGGCUUUUCUGAUCUUGCCAUGCAAGUGAUGACCUCUCCAUCCAAGAACUACAUCCUCUCAGUGAUCAGUGUGGGCAUCUGCAUCCUGUUCCUGAUUGGCCUGAUGUGUGGGCGUAUCACGAAGCGAGUGACACGAGAGCUGAAGGACAGACAGACUGACAACCUGCAGCUCAAGAGGUUUUUAAAGAAAAUUUUUAAAAAUCUGUUCCAGGCAUAGUGUUGGACAGUAGGUCUUGGUGUGGAAGUGUUUGUGCUCCUUGGCUUAGGCAGGAGGACCGAGGGGAAAGGACAUCACCCACCAUUCACAGCUGGCCUUGCUUUGGACAUCUGGCUCACCCUGGAACAAGCAUCUCCAGCACAUAAUCAGUCAGCAAGAGUUGCCUCCAGAGGCCCGUCAUCAUCUCUACUGUUUUUGUGCUUUUGUUACUGUAUUCUGUUGUACUUCUUUUUCUUUUUUCUUUUUGUGGCUUGUUUCUCCGUUUUUGCCAAAAGGCAAUGCCUUCCAUACUUCUCCGCCCCUACUCCAAUCUUUGGGGUUAAUAAAAUAUUGACCAGAUUAAAGAAACUUCAGUGGUCUUACAGGCACCCCCUGCAAAACCAUACUGUAUCUCAAGGGAAGCCUUAGGACAAGCUACAGUGGAGCUGUGGUCUUGGGUAGUAAGGCGGUGGUUUUGGGAAAAAACGAGGAUUUGGGUCCUCCCCAAAGGGGUUGGGCUCAUAGGGUUCUUAUUUACAAGUUACUGAAGUUUCCUCUCUGAACUGUCAGGGAGGGUGUAGGGCUUUUCUGCUGUCAAGAAUCCGUCUAAAGAGAUCAUCAGCCAUUUGGGAAGUAGGGAAGCGGCAGGGCUCCCUACACUAAGCAAGGAUGGUGGAGGGGAGGGGAGGGGGGGGAUAGCUUUCUGAGAGUUGGGUGGGAGAGGUAUCUUUGCUGAAGUGAUGCUUUUAGUAACACUACCACCAUCACCCUGUUUGCAAUGAGCAGGAAUGUGCUCCUUGUCGGUUGGUUGGAGGGCACAGGGAGGAACUUGAAGAAGAGGAAAUACGCACGUGCAGGCUCCUUCUUGUGUAUAGUAGGAUAUCUAUCAGGCUGUUAGACAUGGUUGCCUGUAUGCUCUUGAGGGCUAAAUCAUGAGUCUGCCCGACACAAGGCUUGAGUGCAACAUCAUCUUCCCCUCCCCGCCCCUUUUCCUGCUUUGCUUCAACUGCUCAUUCAAAUGUCAACUUCUCAGCGUUCUGCAUUAACGUCACAAAAGCGAGGGGCUUUUGGCAAUGGGACCAGCUGAUCUUAAUGAUGAUGUGGACAGACUCAGCCAUACCACUACUGUGAAUAUUUUCUGCUGCUCUUGAAGUGUUGGUAAAAGGCACAAAAUUUUUUAGCUUUAGGAAACCUUUAUUUUUCAUCCUACUGGAAAGCAAGUCGUGCAAAGUGUGGCUUUGUAUUCCUGAGGAUGGCAAACUGGAAAACCUUGUGCAAGAAUCUCGCCCCACCCCACCCCUGAGGCCCACUGACUUUUUUCAGGCCUUCAGAAUUAAGGAGAGAUGAUUAGGGAAAUCAGAGAUCAGUGGGCGAGCCUGUGUGUACUGAAGGUUUUUUUGGACUGUGGCCACUAGAUUGGAUUUCCUUCCCCUGCUGAAUUACUGAAUCUAUGAAUGGUGACAUUGGAAAGGGGUGUGUGCCAUAGUUCCCCAACUAGUGCAUGCUCAGUGCAUUCCAAAGCCUCUAUUCCCUCCCCCCUCCCUUUCACCCACCCCUGGAUGACCUUCAGUAUUGUGUUUUAACCCUGUGUUUUAACCCUGAAGCAAGGCAUAGAAUCCGCCUUGACUCUGAAAUGGGGUGGUGAUGGUGGAGGAUGCUCCCAGUGCAACUCAAGUCACCUGCAAGAGAGGCAGCCGGCAGAUUAAUUGCAGUGUGCUUAGAGCUGCCAUUCAUACUGUAGGGGGCAAGGAAUAGCCAUGGUCAUAUCAUCUUCCAAAUUCUACACAACGUUGGGAAGAAACUGGUACUUGCAUAUGGUGACCCUGCACCAAAUGCUGUGAAAGGAGAGGAGGCCCUCACCAUCCUGGCUAGCACAUGCAUUCAGAUAAGGUGCACAACGUAUUAUUCUUACAUUGCUUCCCUUCAGCCAACUACAAUUGCCUUCCCUUGAUCCUAGUGGGAGUGCCCCAUUGGUUAAUGAAAGAAAAAUGCUCUCCUGAGUAAAUUCCCAUAAUCGGCAGCAGUGGUUUUUGCAGGCAUAUAGUGAUGCUGCCGAAGAGGAGCUUGUGUGAGAUGUACGUAAGGGGACUAGUUGCCUGGGAAGAGACAGAAUGCCGAAGCCAUUACAGCCAGUCAGUCACUCUAUUCUCGGUGACCUUGAGUGAGCCAUUGUUUUAAAAAGAGACGAGAAGCAGCCUCUUGAGUUCCAAGCACUGCAGGUCUGUCUCAGCAUUACUUAAGCCUCCAUGCAGUCUCCUCAGACCCUGUCAGUUUCAGUCUGACAGCUAAGUAUUCCUGCUUGACGCUUAUUUGAGGAACGGCUGUUUACAAAAACGAUCCUUCAUCUAAAGUGGCAUUGUAUUGCAAGUGUUGUGCUUGCCACUCCCUCCUCAGAAUACGUGCCACUGCUUUGAGGAAGAUGGAAGGGGCUGUGCUGCAGUUUGAAUGUUUGAAAAGUACUUAGGAAUUGGGGGCUUGUUUUUCUGCUGCUUCCCUGUAAGGUUCCCUGUUUGAACUUGUAGUACUUGCUGUCUUCACCACUGUGGCCUCGACUGUCUUGCAACAUGAGCUCCACUGUGCUGCUGCUGCUGCUGCUUCUCCUUCCUUGUGUCUCAUCUAAAGCUGUGCUGAUGCUGCUCUCUUGGCUCUCAUCUCAAGGAAGGUCCCCUGGUUUGAUCCAUUGGAGAUGGAAGUAGGCAGGACUGCUCUGUGCAUAACAGGAAUAGAGUUCCUGCAGAAAAGCCCUGGUGGAGCCUAAGGAGCAGGGUUUUCUUGGCUCUUCGUGGUGGCUCUUAGAUGUAGACUGGGCUAUUCUCUUGUCCCAAAGUAAGCUAAGGAACUUGUUGAAUUGGAAAACUGAAGGAUCACACAUCCUGUUCCGCUUCAUAGUUUGUACAACUGGAUUGAUAGGUUACACACUCUUCCUACAUACACACUGCGGGUGCAUCCAGAGCAUUAAUACUAACAAACUGGAAGAGUGCUGGGUGGGGGGAAUUGUCUUUAGGAAGUGGUGCCAUCCAGCAUGUGGUACCAGCACUGUCCUGGCCCCCCGGCUUGUCCUGAGUCCUAUUCUCAUAUUGCUAGUCCUUCUGGACAGCUGUGACCAGCAUGAUAAUUGGUACCAUUUCUGUGUAGAUUCUGAGCAUCAGGUGCGCUGCUUCUCCAUCCGACACUUGCAGACUCCUCCAUCCAGAGGCUCCCUACUUGGCACAAAGAGAAUCAAAUGGCUUAUCUCAAGGUUCUUGGAAAUGCAUCAGAGGCAGGCUGCAAUUUCCCUUCAGGUAUGCUUUGGAACUCAAUAUAAGUGGUGUUUGAUUGAAGAAUAGGCGCGUUUUGUGUUUGAGAGAAGCAAAACGCAGGCGCACAGAACAACUCAGGGUGGCAUAAAAGGGUUCGUACUCAGUGUCCCUCCUGCAGCUUGCAAAACCACCCAUUGGAGAGACAGUAAAUUGGUAGAUGAUACAGCUAAUGUUGGCUGGCCCGUAGUCCUUUUAAAAAUGUAACAUUAACAAAUGUGGGUUUUUUUGUAAAUUGUUUUUCCUUUCUAUGUACAAAAUCUUGGCCGUUCUUUCUUUUUACAUGUUCAUGCUGUGUAAUUUUGAAUUGUUAACGGAGAUUCUGAACAUAAUGUGCAUUUUUUUCUGUACAGAUGAAAUGGGAGAAUUUAAUAAAAAAGAGUCUGCAGGUU